UCUGCUUCCUCCCUGCCCUCUCUUCCAGGUUCACCUCCACCCUCAAGACAUGUCCUGCUACGACCGGUGCUACCGGCCCUGUGGCCCGACCCCGCUGGCCAACAGCUGCAAUGAGCCCUGUGUCAGGCAGUGCCAGGACUCCAGAGUCGUCAUCGAGCCCCCUGAUGUGGUGGUGACCCUGCCCGGGCCCAUCCUCAGGUCAUUCCCUCAGAACACUGUUGUGGGCUCCUCCACCUCUGCCGCUGUUGGCAGGAUCCUCAGCUGUGAAGGAGUGCCCAUCAACUCCGACUGCUGUGACCUCUCGGGCAUUUCCAGCCGCUUUGGUGGCAUAAGGUACCUCCGUGGAUAA